CUUUUGUUUCAUCAGUCUGAACAGCUCGCAUGCAUGCUGUCAUGGUUUACAUCACCGUCUCCCUUCAGAAUCGGUUUUAGUGUCGGUGGCGUUAAGCAUGACUGGGAUCCAGUGUCUGGCUUGGCUGUGGCUUGUGGUGAUCACACAGACUGGGUUUGCUUCUUGCGGCGAGGUUUCACUCGUGGAGCGGCCCGAUGGAGGGUCGGUGCUUGUCCGCUGCCACAUGGAGCCUAGGGACAAGCCGCCCUAUGGCCUUUACCUGAGGCGCACCUGGCUCCAUCCCGCUCAAGUUUUCUUCAAGUACACCAAGAACGACGCCUCUGUGAACGAGUCCUUCAAAGACAGAGUGAGCAUCAGCGGAGACCCGAGCGAUCACUCCGUCAAUGUCACCAUCUCCCAGCUCCGGCCCGCAGACACAGACCGCUACACCUGCGAGUUCAUGGUGGAGAGGAUCGGCUCUGAGGACGAAAAGAUUCAAGGAAACACUCAAAUCUUCCUGCUUGUUACUUCUGAUACCCUGAACUCAGUGGACAUGGACCUGAUAGAGACCUGCGCCGGGGGCUCAGCUGUGCUUCCCUGUCAUACCCCGAAUAGCGAAGGCCUGGCCGUGGAAGGCGUGAUUCUGACCAGGCAAAGGGGCCGAGCCCCCGUGGAGGUGGCCUACCACUCACAGCGGAGCGACAGUUCUCUGUUCCCCACGGAGAGGAUCCAGCUGUCGUCUGCGCCUGGACCUGGUGGCAUCACCUUCAACGUGACCCUGCUGCAGCUCCAGGCCGAGGACAGCGCCGUCUACAGCUGCCAGCUGCUCCUGCGGGGCCGGUCCGACAGCCGCCCCAGUCUAAGGGGUGCAGUGUUCUCUAUUUCUGUGCAAGGCGAACGGUGCAGCUGCUCCAGCUACCUCACGUUGCUCUACGCCUUGUCGGGAGCCGUGGGCUUCCUCUUCCUCCUCCUCCUCCUCGUUGGAUACAAGGUGGUUUUUAAAGGUAAAGCCAAGUCGCACCCCCAGGCGCCCAUCUAUGAGGAGAUGGUCGGGGUGCCGUCUCCCAGCCGAAAACUGGUCCCUCUCCAUCUGCAGGAAGUGGAACCCUCAGAGUACAAGAACUGCCCUGCGAAGAAGGCCGGCUCCAGUAACCAUUAUGAAAACCCCAGUGGGUCUCUCUUUCCUAGGAGGAGGGAUUCUUAGAAAUGACAUGUUACACCAGUAUAAGGGCAACCACCAUUCUGAAAUUCAUGGGACUCUUUCACAUCUGCUUCACUAACUGGCAAAAAUAUAUAUUUUUUGACCUUCAAUCUAAAAAAAAAAGGUAUAUUCACUUUCAUGUUUUUUGUGCCUUUUUGCCACUUUUAAAUGUUUCAGAUCAUCCCAUAUAUUUUAGUAUCAGAAAUAGAGAACUUGAGUAAAUACAAAAGGUAGUUUUUAGAUGAUGAUUUAAUCGAUUAUAGAGAAAAGGCUAUCCAAACCAGCAUGGCCAUAUGCCAUAAUGCAAUUGCACCCCCCUGAUAAAUUGUGAAUCAAUCAAAAUUAACCCAAAUUUUUGGAAAGUGGCUUUCAAUUUCACCAGCAGCUCUGUCUUGAUUACUGUCAGAGCUGUAGAAAAAAGCACACUCACUCAAAAAGCAGCACAUCAUGCCCUGAUCAUGAACCUCAAGAACAGAGGAGACACAAAGUCACUGACAUCUACCAGUCUGGAAAGGGUUAUAAAGCAAAGGCUUUGGGAGUCCAGGGAACCAUAGUGAGGUCUGAUAUCCACAUAUGGAGAAACCAUGGAAGAGUGGUGAAUCUUCUCUGGAGUGGCCAGUCUACAUACAUUUCUCAAAGAGUUCAUGACAACUCAUCCACAAAACAACCCAGAACAACAUCUGAAGUGCUACAGACAACUAAAUCAGUCAGUCUCUGUUAUCAACAAUAACAGAGACUUUUCUUCAGUUUCAGGACCAAACCACUGCUGAGCAAAUGGAACAGAAAGGCUUGUCUCACAUUUGCCAAAAAAACCCAAAAAAAAACAACAACAUCUGGAUUGUUCUCAACACCUUGGGAAAACUUUUUUGGACCUUGUGCCUUGUUACAUCUGGCAUCAAACUAGCUUCAGACCAACAGUCAAACAUUGUGGUGGUAGGCUGAUGGUGCUGAGCUGCUGUGCUUCUUUAGGACCUAGGCCACUUCAAGUUUUGGAGUGGCCUAGUCAAAGUCUACACUGGGACCUUAAAUGGGCUGAAUUAUAACAUUUCUGCAAAAAACAGAGAAACGUAAAAAACUCAUUACCAGUUAUUGCAAACACUUGUUUAAUGUUGCCAGUUUUUAGGUUCAGCAGAAAAAUUACUUCUCAAGACCAGGUCAAUUUCGAUAGCUCUUUUCCUUUGGUAAAUUCAAUAUUUGAAAACUUUAUUUUGUGUUUAAGCAGUUCAUGUGUAUUUAUUUUUUUACAUGUUGUUUGAUGAUCUAAAACAUUUAAGUAUGACAAGAAAAAAAAAAAGAGGAAAUCUGGGAUGGGGCAAAGACGUCCACUGCACUGGACAUAUUUUUGGCAUGUCACGGCCAUCAAAAUUGCAGGAAAAAAAGUUUGGAAACAGUAAACAUAAAAUAAAAAGAAAUUAUCACAUCUGUUCUCUCCAAAUAUGUGUCUGAGUUUGAUUCACCCUUACCAAACCAUUUUGGGUUUAUUCUUUUAUGCGUAGGCUUCCUAAUUUUAAUGUCUCAGCACCAGUUGUUGCCGGCCAGAUGAGUGCGUAGGUGUCUUUGUAACCUUUUGGCUUCCAUGUGACUUAAAAUUUGUCUCUAAUCGGUUACCUAAAGGUUUUGUCGUGGCGAGUGUCCUACCUCAUGCGGUCACAUUAAUUCACCAUGCCUGUCAAAGUCACAGCCCUGGCAGCUUAGACGCACAGGCGCUAAUGUCUCUGACGCAAACGGAAGAGACCCAAAAAAACCACAAAAACUUUUUACCGCCAACCGUCUCUGCCACAAUAUAAAUAAAUAUCAAGAGACAACCCCUUCUAAGGCUGCACAGUUGGAAGCACUGAUGCCUGAAUUUGCAUGUUUCUGUCCACAUCUUUCUGUUCCACAUCAGUUCAAGUCAAAAGGUUCCCAUUUCCUCAUAAUUCAGUACAAAACAUUUGACAUUUCUUGACUCUAUUUUUUGACAUACAAAAAUUACUAAAUUUUCCAGGAGUAUUUAUUUACAUGGUGCGCUAUGAUUUGGUUUUGAAAAAUGACAAGAUGUGAUUCUGCAAAUCCAGCAAUCAGUAAUUAGACAAGAGUGGAUUAAAACUAAAAACAUUUAAAGGAACAAUUUCUAUGUUUAGGUCUGUUACCUGGUCAUCUGUCUCUGUGUUCUCUCUCUCUCAUCAUCUUGGUCAUCUGUUCUGCUAUCACUCUUCAAUCUGGUAUAAAAACGGCUCAGUUAAUCUUCAAAUGUCUCACAAAACAGCUGGAAAGUUUUUGGUCAAAGAUUACUGGGUAACUUUGGGCCAGCACUGUUGACCUGUUUCUCCCUCCCGUCAGAAGGGGUGCUUAGGUUCAAUGGUCUCUCU